AUGCCAAUGGCUACAAAUUAUCUGAACUUUCUGUUGAGAUAUACCGUAGUAAAGGCGAUAAAAAGAUGUCAACAGGAUGAAGCCACAUCGCCAAACGCUUCUAUCUCUCAACCAACUGCAUCUUCAUCUCCGGUGUUUCGAAUACAAGAACGUCCAGACGUGAAGUUCCUUCCCGUCAAUGAACCUCUUUAUCCUUCCCAAGAUUGCGAUUUUGAUGUUAGUCAGCUACUUGGCAGCAUUCACUCGGCCUCCUUCAAAGAGCAAGCUGAUGUAUUAUUACAAAGCGGGAAUCUUUCUCUUGUCACUCUGGGUGACGUUGUUGCAAAUCACGACUGUAAUGCAGAAUAUCAGGAAUUAUUUUCAAACAAACUGAAGGAGAGUCGAAUAGACCUGGCAGAAAGCAAGGCCCUUCAGGUUGCUGCUUCACACUUGCCACCAUCGACAGACCCGUUAGUCCGUCAGCUGACAACCUUGGUCCAGAAUCAAACAAACAUCAUUGCAGGACUAAGCUUUGUGGUACGUUUUUCGUGA